AUGUCAGUGUUUGAUAGCAAGAUCAACUUUAGAGACAAUUACGAUGAGGGAAUCAUCGAGAAGGUGGAAGAAGAAGUCGAUUUUGCACAAAAGAUGAGAAAUGCUGUGGAUGUUCAAUUGAUUGAUACCAAUCUCUACAUGAGCAAGGAACCGUGGCUUCCGUGGGGAUCAAGAGGAGCAUUUGGAGGACAGAUUGUAGCGCAGUCAUUGAGAGCUGCUUGGGAUACAGUAGAGGAAGACUUUGCUGUACAUUCUCUUCAUGCCUACUUUAUCCUGGCUUGUAGUGUUGAAAUCCCAGUGAUUUACAGCGUACAACGAGUGAGAGAUGGCAGAUCCUAUGCUACUCGUAUGGUGAAGGCCAUGCAGAGAGGCAAAGCAAUCUUUGCAUGCAGCUGUAGCUUUGUGAAGCCUGAUGAUUCCGUUACGCUCAGUCACCAAACAACCAUGCCUGAAACUGUGGACCCAAACACAUUGCCUUCUGAUAUUGAGGUGCUGCAAAACACGCUGGCCAUCACUGAAAGCAUUCCAGAGGCUGUGAAGCAGAGAGCUCAAAAGAAACUCGAAGACAAUCUUCCUGUUGACUCUCGCGCAGUCCUUACGUUAUCCCCUCAACAGGUGAUAACAGGGAGCGUAGAGCCUAAUACGCACAGUAGACGAUGGUUUAAAACAAGAGGAUUACUCAACGAUGACAUGAAGCUACAUGCCUGUAUUAUCGCUUACGCCUCGGAUAGUGGCUUUAUUACAACCGCUGCUGCUGCCAACGGUUACUUGAUCAAUUCUCGUAGUCUAGGUAUGAUUGCUUCUUUGGAUCACAGCAUAUGGUUCCAUACCCCUGCAAGAGCAGACAAGUGGUUACUCUAUGAUGUGCAUAGCCCUCGAACCAACAGUGGAAGAGGCAUGGUGUUUGGUAAGAUAUAUAGUCAAGAUGGUACUUUGGUUGCUACCACUGCCCAGGAAGGCAUCAUUCGUUUGUCUGAAGGAGAACAAGAAAAGAGAAGAAAGAAAGCUGCUGCUGCUUUGCAAGACGACAUCAAUGCCCCAGCAGUGAGCAAGCUUUAG